AUGGAGAAUAGUGAAGAUAUUUCAUUGAAUUCUUCUGAAAAAUCGAUAGAAUCUAGUGUUGUUAAUUUAGAGGAUCAACAACAAUCCCAACAACAAACCCAACAACAAACAUGUCAAAAAACAUUUGUUCAAGAAGCACCAGAAUUAACAAUACUAAUUGAUAAAUUAAUUCAACUUAAACAUUCAAAUAAAGAUGAAUUAAUAAGUAAUACUACUAGAAUAAUCUAUAUAAUUGAUCAAUAUUUAGAACAACCAACAUUAUUAGAUAUUCAUUUAAACGAUAUAAUUCAACCAUUAAUAAAUUUCAUAAAAUCAAAUUAUAUAAAUAACUCUAAUAAUAAUAAUACAACAACAACAACAACAACAAUAAUGACUGAAACAGAAAUAGUAAUAAAGAAAUUAUCAAUUAAAAAUUCAUUUAGAAUUAUAUAUGUCCUAUCAAAAGUUAGAGGAUUUAAAACAAUAGUUAAAUUAUUUCAACACGAAGCAAUUGAUCUAUUACCAGUAUUAGAUCAAUUAGAGAUCUCUUAUCACCAAUGGGUUAAUAUUAAUAAACAAAGAGAUAGAUUAAAUGAAAUUUCAGUUUCAUAUUCAAGUGGUAUAAAUUUAAAAAACUAUAUCAAACCAGAAGAAGAAUCAGAACAAGAAGUAGUAGAUGAAAAUAAUAAUAAUAUUAAUAAUAAUCAUAAUAUUGAUGAUGAAUAUAAUGAAAAUAUUAUAUCAUGGGAAGAAGUUUAUGUGUUAGCAUUAUGGGUUUCAUUAUUAGUUAUAAUUCCAUUUAAAUUUAGUUCAUUAGAUUCUGCAAGUAGUGGUACUGCUUCUGCUGCUGGUGAUGGUGGUGAUGGUGAUGGUGAUGGUCAAUUAAAAAGUAUAUCAUCAAGAAUUUUAAAAUUAGGUAAAUUAGCAUUAAGUGAUGUUUCAAAGAUUAGAGAUUCUUUCUCUGAAUUAUUAUCAAAACUUUUAAAUAGACCUGAUAUGAAAUUUGAACAAAAACAAUUUAUAAAAUGGUGUACAAAUUCAAUUCAAUUAAUUAGUAAUAAUAAUAAUAAUAAUAAUCAAAAUAAUAGUAGUAAUAAUAAUAUAUUAUUAAUUAUUGGUAUAUAUAGUACAUUAGCAACAAUGUUUAAAAAAGGUAAUAGAUUAGACUUUUUACCAAUUGAUAUGAAUUUAUAUGAAAAGAUAAUGGAAGCAAAUAAAUAUUUAUCAUUAUCAGGUUCAGAACGUAUUACAAAGAAAAUAUUUUUAAAAUUAUUACAAAGAAUUGCAAUCAUUAUGUUACCACCAGUAUCUGCUUCUUGGAGAUAUCAAAAAAUAAUUAAACCAUUAUUAUUAAAAGGUGAAUUAAUAAAACAAAUUAAUAAUAAUAAUAAUAAUAAUAAUAAUGAGAAUAAUAAUGAAGAAGGAGAGGAAGAGGAAGAAGAAAUACCAGAAGAAAUUGAUGAAAUUUUAGAAGAGAUUAUGAAAUCAUUAAAAGAUAAAGAUACAAUUAUUAGAUGGACUAGUGCAAAGGCAAUUGGUAGAAUUGUAAAUUUAUUACCAAAGGAUAUGGGUGAUCAAGUGAUUGGCUUGGUUAUUGAUCAAAUGUUUGAGAAGAAUGAAUUCAUUGAUGCAGAUCCGUCAGCAUGGCAUGGUGGUUGUUUGGCAUUGGCAGAGUUGGCACGUAGAGGUUUACUAUUGCCAGAGAGAUUGGAUGUAGUUGUGCCAUUGGUGAUAAGAGCACUGUUUUUCGAUAUCAUUAAAGGCACCUACAGCAUUGGGUCACACGUUAGAGAUAGUGCUUGCUAUUUAUGUUGGGCACUGGCUAGAACCUAUCAUAAUUCCAUUCUCUCGCCAUACCUAUUACCAAUUUGUAGAAAUUUAGUCGUAGUUUCGUUAUACGAUCGUGAAAUUAAUUGUAGGAAAUCUGCAUCGGCUGCAUUUCAAGAAAUGGUUGGCAGACAUCAAGGAUUAGUACCUAACGGUAUUGAAAUUGUAACGAGUGCUGAUUUCUUUACAGUUGGUAAUAAAAAUAAUUCAUUUACAAGUUUGACCACAUUCAUUGGUAAAUUUCAAAUUGAUUAUUAUCCAAUAGUUAUUAAACAUUUGGCAACUAUAAAAAUCUAUAAUUGGGAUUUAGAAAUCCGACAAUUAGCAAGUAAAUCAAUUCAUCUAUUAACAAAUAUUAAUCCAAAUGAUAUCGUUAGUAAUUAUUUACCAUUAAUUAUACCAAAUACACAAUCUGAUUUAGUUCAUGUUAAACAUGGUGCUUCAUUAGCAAUAUCUGAAAUUUUAAUUAGUUUAUUUGAAAAUAAUAAUAUUAAUUUAUUAUCUGAUAAUUUAAAAAUGAUGAUUUUAAUGACAAUUAAAAAUACAAAGAAUGAAAAAUUAUUUAAAGGUAAAGGUGGUGUUUUAAUUAGAAUUGGAAUGUGUAAAAUUAUUUAUUCAAUUUGUUUAGUUGAAUUUUCGUUAGAUAAGAAUUUAUCAGAAAUUAAAAAACCAACAGAAUCAACUAGUACUAAUGGUAAUGAAGAUAGAGCAGCAGCAUUAAAAUUAAAAAUUGCAAUGUUAAAAGCAAAAACAGCAUCACAAAUUAAUAAACCAAUUAUUACACCUCCAUCAUCAAAAUCUACAACAAAUAAUAAUAAUAAUAAUAAUAAUAAUAAUUUAAAUGAUAAUGAAAUUGCAUUUAAUAUUAUACUUGGAUAUUUAAAUGAAAAUUUAAAUCAUCCAAAUGAAGAAGUUCAAAAAGAAGCAAGUAAAGCAUUUGAAUUAUUAUUUAGUAAAUAUAUAUCAUCGAAUGAAAAGAUAUCAUUAUUAUUAGAAUUAAUUGAUUCACAUUGUAAGACAUUAAAAUUUGAUAUAAAUAGAUCAGCAAGAAGAGGUUCAUCAUUAUUAUUAGGUUCAUUACCAUUCAAUAGUGCAAAUUUAUCAUAUGACCUUUUAUCAAAGGUUGUAAAUGAAUUAAUUCUUUCAAUAUUUCAAGAUGACCCUAAAUUUAAAGAUAUUGAAACUAGAGUUAAUUCAAUCUCUUCAUUAUAUAAAAUUGGAAUUUAUAUUUUAAAUUUAAUAUUUAAAAAUCAAGAAAAUGAACAAAAAGAAGAAGAAGAUUUUAAAAAAUCAAAAAAUUAUAAUUUAUUUAUUAAAAUUUGGAAUUGUUUAGGAUUAGCUACAAAUGAUUAUUCAAUUGAUAAAAGAGGUGAUAUUGGUUCUUGGGUUAGAGAAUUAUCAUGUAAAGUUUUAUUUGAUUUUAUUAAAUUUAUUAUUACUAAUCAAAAUAGCUCAACUACCACUACUACUGCCAGUACUACUGACUUAUCAAUUGAAAAUUUAAUUAAUGAAAAAAUGAUUACAGAAUUCAUUUGUAAAUUAUUCCAACUUUCAGGUGAGAAAUUGGAUAAGAUUAGAGAUGUAGCUUGUAAGAUAAUUCAUGAAUUACUUUGGAUUGAGAAUCCAUCAUCAAUUAAUAAUAUACCGCAUAAGGAGGAAUUAAAGAAAAUCAUUGUAAAGGAUCAAGAUGUUCAUUUCAAUUGGUUUAGAACAGAAGAAUCUUUACCAUUAAUUUGUAAAGUGCUCAAAUUCAAUUGUUAUUUAUAUCCAUUACUAUUCGGCUUAUUCUCAUCAUUAGGUGGUACUUCGAAAUAUUUAAUUAACGAUUCCAUUCAAUCGAUUAAACAAUACUUUUCAUCAUUUGAUAAUGACGAAAAAGAGAGAUUUGAAAAAAUUAUAUCAUUCUCAAAAGCAAUAUUAGAAAUAACUAAUAAUACAACUCAAAGAAUGAUACAACCAACUUUUAGAUCAAUUUAUAAUCUUUUAUCAACUCAUAUAUUUGAUUUCUUAAUAAUUAAUAAUUUAAAUGAACAAUCUAUUUUUGAAACUAUUUUAUUUAAUUGUUAUCAAAUUAUUGAAUCAAAUCAAGAUGAUAUUUAUUUAUUAUUAAAUUCAAUUGAAUUAUUUUCAUACUUUUUCAUUCAAUUUGAAAAUAAUAAUAAUGAAUAUAUUAAAGAUUAUUCAUUAAAAGCUUUAUUAUUAUUAUUAUCUAAUUUAAAAUAUCCAAAAGUUAGAAAAUUAGCAUCUGAUCAAUUAAAGAAAUCAACUAGAUUAUUUAUCAACAAUAAUGGGGAUGAUGAAACACCAUCCUUAAUUAAAUCAUUAAUAUUCAAUACAAAAUGGGAUGAUUCUGUAGAUUUGAUUAUAGAACCUUUAAAAUCAUUAUUAUUACUUUUAAAUCAAAAACAUUUAUUAGAAUUAUUAUCUGAAAAUCCAACUAAAAAACCAAUACCAUUAGCUCCACCAAUUACAUCAAUUGAAGAAUUAAAAGAUAAAAUUCAAAAUCCACAUAAACAAUCAGAUGAUAAUAAUAAUAAUAAUAAUGGUGAAUUAAUAAAUAAUAAUACUGAAAAUAAUAAUAAUAAUAAUUUUGAUGAUAAUUUACCAGAAGAUUCUCAAGAUUUAAUGGAAAUUUAA